AUGUGGUUGUUCCUUGAAGUGCUGCGAUAUGACUUAUAUGCAGGCUUCCUCCUCCUCUCCUUCCUCGGGCCGCCAUGGAGGAACGACAGAAGAAGUGAUAGAAACACGGCUCUGACAUGGCAGCUGUUUGUAGCUGGUAUCUUCAUGGUGGCUGCUCUGUAUGUGAUUGUUGACAAAGAUGGGUGCAAGACGCCAGGACGUGCAGAAGUCUCUGGCAGUCACACUGUAAAUAACAGGACGUUUAACUAUUCGUCCUUUCCAACUGUAUCCGUCAUCUCCCCCUUUUACAACGAGGCUCUCACCCCUCUCGUGCGUCACGUGCAUGCCCUGCUGACCCGGACCCCUCCGCACGUGCUGCUAGAGGUAAUCCUGGUGGACGACAUGAGUACAUUCAGCUACCUGGGCCGGGAUUUGCAGAACUACUUCGGUGUCCUUGAUCCUAGAAUUAAGCUGCUGCGUAACAAGCAGCGUGAAGGUCUGAUACGGAGCCGGUUAUUUGGGGCUGACGUUGCCCAGGGGGAGGUGCUGGUGUUCCUGGACGCCCACAUGGAGGUGAACCACGGCUGGGUGGAGCCGCUACUGCAGCGUCUUGGUGAGGAGGAGCAGCUGGUUCUACAGUCGGAAAUACCGCCAAUACUGGUGGACACAUUCGACGUUGACACUGGGCAGACGGUUGACCAUAGAGGUGGAUUUGGCUGGGAUAUGAGUUACUUAUGGUUCCCUCUGCCGCAAUACCUGAGUCAAUUCAGGAGAAGCGACUGCGACCCAAUCCCAUUUCCAGUCCUCCAAGGCGGUUCUAUUGCCCUGAGAAAGUCCUACUUCGAGGACCUGGGACGCUUUGAUUCCGGCCUCGCUAUCUGGGGAGGAGAACACUUUGAGAUGUCCUUCAACGUGUGGAUGACUGGGGGACGAGUGGAGCUUAUACCGUGCUCCAAAGUGGGGCAUAUAUUCAAAGACACAAAGUUCAGUUUCGGUUCUUCAGAAAAGAAUUACGUGGUAGCCAAAAACAACCUACGUGUCGCUGAAGUUUGGAUGGACGAAUACAAGCAGUUUACGAGGGCGGCCAUGCGAGCCUGGCAGGAUCCCGUACCUGAGUUCUCCGAUGUUGAAUGGAAGUCCAUUGAGGAGAGACGGAGGUUGAGGUGGCAAAGGAAGAGCAAGAGUUUCUCCUGGUUCCUGAAGACCGUCCUCCCAGAACAACCUAUUCCAUCAGUAGACGAUGUCAAGUAUGGCGAGGUGGCCAGCUCCUUGACCAAACACUGUCUGUAUGUCGCCGAUACCGGACUCCUGAGCCUCACGACAACGUGUAUGUCGUUUGUUGUCGUUGUUAAAGAGAACACUUUUUCUCUUGAUAGGUGGGGUAGGUUUAAACACCGGGAUAAAUGUGUCGGCUUCCACGAAAACAGCUUUCUACUUACCCUCACUGACUGCCCUUGUGUGGAAGGAUACCAAACCAUGCCCCACUGGACAACGGACAGCGAAGGGGCGCUUAUUUAUAAUGGUCAGCUGGGGUCUCUGUGCGCCACGCUGGUCCAAGCAAGGCCAGGGGUGGAGUCCGACUUGGUCCGACUGCAAGCAUGUGUACCGAACAUGGCCGAACAAAAAUGGUCAUUUAUGUAUCAUUUCAAGUACUGA